AUGGAUUCAUCAGCGUCCACUUCUGCUACCCCUCUAUGCGCCCAGUGUCACUGUUCACCGGCACUAUACACCUGUCCGCGGUGUCAAAUCCGAACCUGCUCUGCAGCCUGCAGCAAAGUGCAUAAACUCGCCCUCCCCUGCACCGGCGAGCGGGACCCGGCAGCAUUCGUCUUGCCGAAGGAGUAUGGCUAUAGGGCGCUGGGGGCGGAUUUGAUGUAUUUGACCGAUGUGGGGGAGAAGGUUAGGGAGUGGGGGAGGGGGAUGCCUCGUGUCAAUGGGCGGGGGAUGAGAGGCAGAGGCAGGGGGAGAGGGAGAGGGAGAGGUAGGGGGAGAGGGGGAAUGAUGGCUAGAGAGGGUGUGGGGAAGGCGAGGGAAAGAGUAGAGCAAGAACUGGAGAAGAUCGACGCUACUGUCAUUUGGAUGCCUGAUGGUAUGGAGCGCCGAGCAAGGAAUUCGACGCGCUUCAACGCUCGCGAUAACGAGCUGCACUUGACCAUCGAGUGCAGGUUGCGCGCCAAGGACGGAGGGAGCGUCACACUGCUUUUGCAUGAUAUUCCGAUCAAAAACACUGUUGAUCAAGUGCUGGAGAGAGUUAGGCAACAGAAGAAGACUCCUUUGCCGAUUUGGGCGAUGGAAGCACUCGGGUCGACAGAAUCGCUGUUCCUCAUGCCAUCCUACCCUCGGCGAGGACAUUAUCUGCUCGAGAAAGGGAAGACCAUGGAAGAGGUGCUGCGUGGGAAAAGCUGGGUUGAGUGGCCGGUUGUUGAGGUGUGGGAAAAGGCGAGUUUGAGGAGUCAGAUGCCAGCUUCUGGGAGGAGUGAGGAAGGGGAGAGGUCGGCCAAGAGACGGAAGAUGGAGGUGGAUGGGGAGGUGGUGAGAGGACUUGUAGAGGGGUAUGAGAGUGAGGAGGAGGGGGAGGUACAGGGGGUUGCACAAAUGCCAUUGGUUUUGUAUCCUGAAGAGGAUGUGGAGGUUAUCGAGCUGGAUACGCAACCGGCUGAAGAAGGUGAGGACGAAGAAGAAUAUGGGGAAGAGGACGAGGACGAGGUGGAAGAGGCUGGGGAUGAGUUAUCCCCUGAAGAAGUGGAGCGUAUGCGCCAGGAGCUUGCCAGACGCAUCGCCGAUGCUGCGAAGCAAGACGAAGACGAGGAGGAGGAAGAUGACCAGGCGACGCUGCAGCAUCUCAAUCGCCUAGUCCAACAAUCUAAGGCCAGCAUGUUUAGCAAAUAG